AUGGCACAUGAACCAGCAAGAGCCAUGGCAGGCCAAGCCAGGCAGCGUUUUCAAGAGAGUGAAGAGGACCGCAUCACUCGCAGCGCUGGACACUUUUCAGAAUUCGAAGCCGACAUGCCUAGACUCGCAAAUCGAUUCCAGUUCUCCUUGAAGGACAACUUCUCCUCCUACCUUGGGCGUAAUAAUCCAUUCUAUUCCGAAGCCAACGAUGAUACCGACUACGUAUGGCUCCUCGACAACACAGCCUAUCAGAACCGCUUAGGCAGAUGGAAGGCUGAGUUUGUCGCAGCCUACUUUGUCAGACAUAGCGGUAAGGACCUGUCUGAAGUGGUAGCUUGGGUCAGCGAAAAGAUCGGACUGGCCGACGACGAAGAAGCGAAGAAGACCAUCGCACUGAGACUGGAGCCAUUCCUGGAUGCGAUCCUGCCUGCACACGCUGUCAACAUUGAUCUUCAGGGCAUGAAAGUCAGACUUGGGCCUAGUGGGCGUGAUGGCAUCAGCACAGAUGAACUCGCUAUUCCUGGCUCAGGCUACAAGGACGGCGAAACUAUCACAUCGAAAGCGAUCGGCGCAACAGCAACGCCUCUCAAGACCACGUUUGCAAAGACGAAGGGUUGGGCCGUACUCUCGGACAUCGAUGACACGAUCAAGAAGACCCUGACGUCCUCACCUGUCGGUAUCCUGAAGACGACCUUUGCGGAGGACCCAGAACCCAUCAAGGGCAUGCCUGAGCUGUACAAGCACAUUGUUCAGAAACUCGACAACCCACCUUUCUGGUACCUCUCCGCGUCGCCCUACAACCUCUACCCUUUCCUUCGUCAGUUCCGCGAGACAUACUAUCCUGCAGGGACCAUGCUGCUGCGCGACGCUUCCUGGAUGAACCUGGCAGGCUUCUUGGCCAACCUUACCCAAGGUACUGAGGCCUACAAAGUCGAUCGGAUUGAGAAGGUCCACGAGUGGUUUCCGAGACGCAAGUUCAUCUUGAUUGGAGACUCGACGCAAUCCGACCCUGAGGCCUACGGCGAAGCAUACAAGAAGUUCCCGAAGUGGAUUGGCGCUAUCUAUAUCCGUAAGGUCACCGGUGUUGCAGAGAUGGACGAGGGCAAGAAGAACAACCCUGAGCGCUUCGAGGAGGCAUUUAAGCACGUGCCGAAGGAGCUUUGGUAUGUUUUCGAAGAUCCUAGCGAGCUGUACACGAAGGUAGAUGCCUUGGUACAGCAGCAGUCACCAGAGCAACCUUCGCGCUUGAUCUCUGUACGUCACUCCGACUCUGCAACUGACCGCUUCGUUAUGACCAUGGAAAAACACUCGUACGACGAUCCUGACCCAGUACCCUUAUACAUCCUUCUGGUCUUCGCCGUCUUGCUCUGCGCCUACUUCGCAUGGCUCGGCUCCGUCGCGAUGCGUCUAUACUUCUACAAAGGUGCACUCGCCCCAGAGCCCGAGAGGUUCGUCAUCCUGCCAGCCUAUCUACGCGAUCGCAGUCCACAGCGCGGCCACCAAAGGCGCGUCACUGCGUUUCCUAUACCUACACCUCCAAAGAGUCCAGCACGCCAGCUUGCGUCCCUCUCGCGAGUUCCUCAUAUGAACAUCGCGGGCAUCGACCCAAACGAGUUGCCUGACCCGGAGAUCCGUGCCUUCCUCGCAGAGCAACAGCGCAUCUCUCGACUCCCAGCCUUCGUCCAAGAUGACUGCGGUGACGGCUCCGACUUUCCUGACAUUCCAUUUGCGAUCGCUCCGGUCGAGGUGAAGCAGAACACCCUGGCGUCGCCCGGUCUUAGCAGGACAAAAUCAGCCAAGAACAAGUCUGUGGGCUUGAAGAAGCUCGAUCCGAAAGAAUGGCUUGUGGUCGACAACACAUACAAGGAUAUGCAUUCGGCGCGCGACUACCUCCUCGCUAAGAAGAAUAUCGAAUGCAUACAAGUUAAGCGCGACGGUGAAGCCGCUUGCGAAGAGCUACUGCAGGAGAUCGUCAGGUCGCUGGUCUCGAAGUAUCCUGAAAGAUUCAGCAUCAAGACCGUCAAUCGACGCAAGCACAUUCGUAACGAUAUCACGAAAGAAGAGUGGUCCUUGGUGCGUCCGUUUGAUUGCCACCCGCUAGAAGUGUGUGCAAGGCUGGCGAUGGAGGAUUUCAACAUCUUGCUCAAGGGAGAGUUUACGCAGCAGUACUACCUUCAAGCCAGCGCAACUCUCUUCCCAGCCGGGUGGCGCAUGCGAAGUCUCAUCGGCAAACCGCUCUCUUACAUGCAAGACCAGGAUAUCUAUCAAUGGGAUGAUAUCCCAGACGUUCUCCCCUUCACCCCAUUGGUAGACCUCCUCACCCGCAGCACACUCUACAUCCAAACUUACCCCGACUUCCGGCCCUUGGCACACCUCCUCUUCAUCCAGGAAGCCAAAGACUUCUUCCCCGGCAACCUCUCCUCGCUUCUCCCCCAACACAUUAUCGUGCGUCGCGAGCACCAGACCUUCCGGCGGCUACCCAAAGAUGGCACUAUCGUCUUCUCGACAAGAACGGAAGUAAAGAGGCUGACGGACUUGGAUGUGCAAGAGAGGAGAGAACUGAUGAAAGAGAUCAGGGGCUGGGAUAGGGAGGUUGCGACGAGGAAGGGAGUGGAGUUGUGGCAGAGGGCAGUUGUUGGGUAUUGUGAGGGAAAAGAAGUCUUCAAGGAAGAUGAGACGGUGGUGGAUGCUGGGGAGAUUACGAGGGUUGAUGAUGAGUAAUGAGUUCGGCGUCAGUUGAUCUGCUGUAGGUUACUCGGUUCAGGUGUAUACCUGGGCCCGUGUUUUGUACCAUAGAACUGUGUCUUCCUUCUAACUAGUCCCACUUUGUCGAUUUACAGGAGAAUAUAGUAUCGUCC